CACUCUGAAAGCCCCGGAAUUUGCGUGACUACAUUAGACGAAUGGCAAGCGGGUAACUAAACCUAUUGCCAAGCAUAUUAUGGGAAUAGCGUUUAUCGGCCCGGAUGGUAUACCCCUAGUGCUAAUACCAACUCACCGCCUCGAACCUACAUCACCUGACUGUUUUAGCAUAUACAAUACCAGUCCAUAUCAAGAUCUUAGCCAGAUUCCGUUGUUGAGAGCACUAGAACCUGAUAUAGAUACGAUGCCUACGUGGAGUGCACCUGAUCAACUGCAAGGAACCCAAGCGAGGCCUGUGAGACCGCCUGGUAAGGAGUCAGUUGCACAAAGCGCCGUUCCACAAAGGGAGUCAGUAUCUCCUACAAGUAUAACGCCUUCAUGGAGCGCACCUUAUCAACCACAUGGAACCAAUCCGAGAAAUGUAGCGCCUGAAAGAAGCUUAGUUCCACAAUGGGACAGUUCACAAAGGGAGAACUUUGAGAAUUACAACUGGAGAGCUUACCGUGGAUGCUUAUUGCGCGACAGAGACCUCAAUAGAGGUAUGAUUCUUAUGGAAUACCCUCCCUAUUACCAACGCAGAGCUUUCCACGAUACUCCUCGACUUCCUUACGGCAAUGUUAUCUCUUCUACAACCACAACCACGUGUGAAUCUACUGUCAGAUGUUGUGGUGCAGCCCCCAAUUAUGGUUUGGUCCCGGUUGGUGGGGUGACCCCAUGUACUGGCAUGAACCCUUAUACUGGCGUAGUUCCGUGUACCGGAAUGGUCCCAUGUACCGGAGCACGUCCGUACACUGCGGCGGUACCCCCUACCGAAUUGGUACCUUACACAAGCACAACCUCGUACACCGGAAUAGCCCCUUACACUGACAUGGCUUCCUUUUCUGGGAUGGUUCCUUAUACUGGGAUGGUUCCUUAUACUGGGAUGGUUCCUUAUACUGGGAUGGUUCCUUAUACUGGGAUGGUUCCUCAUACUGGGAUGGUUCCUCAUACUGGGAUGGUUCCUAACACGGGACCGGUUACUAACACGGGACCGGUUCCAUACACUAACAUAAGACCCCCCAACAACCACGUGCACACAGUCCGACAUACGGACGUAACAACACGAAGCAAUUUUAUUCCAUCUGGAGGAGGCUCCUCAACAAAUGGCGCUUCGAGGUCCGGGCUUCGAUACAUGCUUGAUUCCCUAAAUUACAACGGUGCACACCAGCAGUGUCCUCAGGGACGUUUAGGAUAUUGUGGUUCUUCUGCAGUUCCUAAUUUGUCAGUUGCUUCUGAUACGAUUCGAACACGUAACUGGAUUUUUCCAUACCGCGACCUUGAUUCGCUUGAAGCUCUGGAAACAAUGGUAGCCGGAUUAUUGGUACCUGUGAUUACAAGGCGAAUCAUACUAUCUCUUACAAAUGCAUUCUCCAGGCGUGGGCUGUCUGCAACUGAUUGCGGUCUCUCCGAUGCCGAUGUGCACGACAUUAACGCUUCCGAGUCGAGAGCGCACAACGAGAGUUAUCAGCAACUGCCAAGAUCCAAUCGUUCGGUUUGCCAUAAAAAAUUACGCUGUCGACACCUUAAUCCAAACGUUUGAAACACUAGCUUUGAAGGGUUGGCGAUUGUGCAAUGAAGAUUCGUAUUAGCUUCAGCCACCGACAGCGUUAACAACUGUAAUUAACGCUCUGCCAAUACAAAGAACGUAUUAACCGGUGUACUAAAUCCUUCAUUUUUCAAUGGUACCUGAAUUACUACUACGGACGAAAAAAAAAGUAAAUACCAGUCAUGUGAUAGAGACAUGAAGUCGAGAGGUGCAUUUCGCAGAUGGCAUAGCGUCAACCCAACAUGGAUAACUAGUUUACGACCGUUAUGUCAGUGGCGCAUGCUGCGACUAGUUUGACCAUAAUUGAAGAGGUUGUCCGGUAUUUAUAACGGUAACCGUGAUACGAAAGGGCUAUUUGAGAUAGAAUUUUUGGCUUGUUUUGUUUAAGGAUAACUUAUUUUUUCCGAGCGAUAAUUGCUUGAUGGCUGAAAAUACAAGUUCCGAUCGGCACUAUAUUAUGUGAUUUCCGGCAUGAUGAUUUCAAUCGAUUAUUGCGACGGGGUCAGUUAGCUUCAAUUAGGAGUGAAGUAUACUGACGAAUCCUGAUUAAUUGGCUCAGGAUUCAUAUAGGAACGUAUCGAGCGUACGUUACAGCAAUAAAGUUCACAUAAUAACAACAUCAAUGAAAUGCCAA